AUGGAGUACGCAAGACUCGUUGAUGCGGGUCACAAGGAGCAGGUGCCCAUAGGAAUCAAGUACUGUACGGAUAUGGCAAAUGCACUGGAGCGGGAAGAGGGCGACGCAAACGCGACGUCAGCUGUAGAUCGGGAUGCCGACAUGUGGGACAAAGAUUUACACAAGAAGCACGGAAAGAGGGUCAUUCAAGAGUACGCUGCGAGGAAUACUAUCGUCCACUCGGGCUUGAAGGAGCUGAUCAGUCAGGGUGAAUGGGCAGCCAUGGGCAAGCAGAUAGACGAUGAUACCAGCACUCUGGACCUGAUCUUCCGGCCGGGAGAAGCUGCAGAAGCUGAAGCAAAGGCCGCCCUCCGAAAGAUAGGCGAAGAUAUCAGACGAGCAUGGCUAGAGGAUUCUGGAGGCGGCAAUGCUACUGUCUACAACGCGCGACCCCCGAUCUACAUGGCUAGGCGAAACGGAGUCGUUGAGUACGAGAAGCUUCUGCCGUUCAGCGAGCUGGCAGACGACUACGACCAAGCAACUUUCGACAAGCUACUCGACAAGGCGAAAGUGAAGACCAAGCAGACUGAUGAUCAACGAGUCCAGCAGUCGAGCAAAGAUGCGCUCAUCAACCGACUUGAAAAGAGGAAGACGCUGCUGAUAAAGCAAUGCGACGAAGAGAGAAAGAAGUCUGCAGCACUUGAGGCGGAGGUUGAGCGUUACAAGAUGGACUAUCUGAAGCAAUUGGCUACUACGGAGGAAUUGAGGGGGGAAUUGAGAAAGCGUAUUAAAGACCGAGACUGA